AAUAAUGAUAACCGGUUUUUGGAAAAAGGAAGAAUGAUCCGCUGUCGAAACAGUCAGGGGACUUGAUCAACACCAACAACAACCCACUUGCACGUAAAAKAUCAUCGUCGCAGCAGGCCCUUUGGUUCCGAAACAAGUGCCAAACCAUUAAAAAAGCAAAAGAUCUCUUUCCGAUGAAGUUGUUUCAGUGGUAUCAUSGUUCUGAAAGCAGCCUCUUGGUCUCUGUUUCCCUCUGUUUUCUUGUUCUGUUGCUGAACUCGAGCUCGAACUCGCUGGGGAACGAUGCCUCUGUCGUCGAUGCCUUCAGUGCCGAGACACCCCGCCACCGCACUGGCCCCCGCGUUGCCAGAAAUGAGUUGACCAAUGAACAGCUUCCYAUGGUGGGUGCUACACGCAGAGAUUCAUUGGUGCAGCUGUCGUUUCUUGCAACCAUGUUGCUUUCGAACACAGAUCCCUGUUUUGCUAUGAGCGAGGGUGAUGACGCCGACAUCGGCGACGGGCUCCGGCUCGCCAAACCCAUGGGCGUCGACAAUUCUCGCCCGUCCGCCCCCCUGGAAUACCUCCUCCCGGCAGCUCGGGUCGGGACCUACAUCUAUCAGACGUUAGCCAUCGUGGAAGAAGUUACAAAGUUGCAGCAAGAGGCAGUACCAUUGGAAGGUGUUUCGACUGGUGCGACARCGACCACGGUAGACGAAAAAAAUAGCGACCAGCGAACCAAAGAUACCAUAGUUGCCAGGGCCCAGGACGAAGUAAACAAACUCGAUGCUUUGUUUCUCACCCCGCCACCCUUCAUAAAGAACGACGACCCCAGCGUCAGCAGGGGGGACCAAUACGGGAAAAACAGCCUGCCCAUUGUGGGUGAAAUUGGUGUCGCUGCACAGAAACAAAAAGAACGUAGAGAUCGUGCCAUCGAGGUGGGUUUUGYCCCGCAGUUUUUCGAGGUCGGCGAACUGGUGGGAGAACGUCGACAGUGGACCCAACUCCAGCGAGCCGAGCGAGCGAGGGAGGGUGCUAGCGAAGUUCGCAGGGCCUUCAACAUCUAUACUACCAAUUUAAAUUUUAGUCGCACCAACUACCAGUGGGUAGGAAGCACCCAGGACAAGAGCCAGCGGAUUCGAAACGACCGGCUGCCCACCACGACCGACGUCAUUCGCAGCGACCUCGAUGCCCGAGAUCUUUAUCGAAACCAAGUCCAGACGGCRCUGGAAGAUGCCCGGGCCGAAUGGAUGUACCAACGGAAAGAAAGUGGCGGCAACAAUCKUGUUGAUUUCCGACGAUUGGACACGACGGAACUGCUCGAGAUAUUGACSCAGGCGCAAGUGUCGGUGGACAAGUGGUUCGGAUUUGUCCCGGAUCGAGACGUGAAAUUGGCACUAGAGGCUGUCAUUCAAGAGCAAACCGAAGCAAGAUCGACAGCAAAGGUAAUAUGAUCAUUCGGAAGCUAGACCGGCCCACCAUGCUAGUCGCUUUAUUGGAAGUGCGCGAGGGAAAGCUAGAUACAAUGGUUCGUGCUCUCGAAUUGCUGCAACGUACGAAACGAUUUUUGAUGCAACACGAUACAUCAUCACAACACAAUAUGCAACAAGAUUGUUUGGAUAAUGCGGAUACAAUGGUGGUGAACACGACCAGRUCAUCUCCUGUGCACGGAUGAGUGCGUAUUGCGAUGAWCUUGACAGAAGAGUUCUUGAAGCAAWGCAUUGAAAUAUGUGUGUCGAAUCUCCUCGCCUAGAAACAURCGCUCUAGC